AUGGCGUGGUUUAAUGCGAAAAAUGCUUGGGGGAACUUCCCUGAUUUGGCGGGAGCGGUGAAUAAGCUUCAGGAGAGUGUGAAGAGUAUUGAGAAGAAUUUCGAUAAUGCUCUUGGUUUUGAAGAGAAAGGAGGGGAAUCCAGCAAUGAAGAUUCAGGAUCAUGGCCUAUACCUACCGAUGGGAAGGCGCUAUUCAAUCCUGUCUUAGCUUUUAUGGGGAAUAAAAGUGAGGAGGAUAGUGAAGAAACAUCUGAAAAUGUUGAAUCCUCUCGACAAGAUUCUGAACCUGAGACGUCAAUGGAAAAACCUGAGUCUGUGGAUCAUAUUCCUGUGGCCGAGGGAAAAGAAGCCUCUGACACUGAUAAAAGAGACAAUGUAGAAGCUGAAGAAACCACCAUUAAAAGAGACAACGUGGAAGCUGAAGAAACCACCAUUAAAAGAGACAAUGUGGAAGCUGAUGAAACCACCAUUCCAGAGGAAAAUAAAGUGCACGAGGCAGAAGAAGAUGGUGAGCAUGUAGAGUCAGCGGAUGGAACAACUGUACAAGUUUUGAACCACGGAAAGGACGAACACCAGUUACCAGAAAUGCUUAUUGAAUUGCCUGAAUCUCCCAUUCCAAAGUCCGAGAAUUCGGAUUCUAUUAGCAAUCCUCAAGAGAAAGAGAUUGAUGAAGUGGGAACCUUGGAAAGUUCAGUGAUGAUGCAACCCAUGGUUUCUAAUCGUGGAGAUGAUGUAGUUGAGGGUGGUACUAGUGAUCCUGGCGAGUCUCAUGCUACUAGUGGUGUGCAUGGGACUAUUGAAGUCGAGACAGAAGAGGAGAGUAAAGAAGAGAUGGUACAAGCAGAGGAAAGUGUAGAGAGAAUUUCUUCUGUUCAACCUGAGGCAUCAGACAGUAAUGAGCAAAGAGAUGAUACAUACACUUCUGUUCUUCAUUCUGUGCCUUCUGAAGAAACCAACAGCACCAAUCAAUCGUUUAAUGAACACCCAUCCAGUGCUACUCCAAAUGAAUCGCCUGAGGUUGGAUCUGAUUUGGUUUCACGUGACAAUGAAACUACAGUUAAUGAAAAUGAAAGGGGCCAUCUUGCCAAUAAUAUUGAAACUGACAUAAAAGAGCAACAUUUGAGCUCUGUAAAAACUAUGUAUGACUCAGAUUCCAUACUUGAGCUUGAAAGGGUGAAAAGGGAGAUGAAAAUGAUGGAGGCAGCACUACUAGGUGCUGCAAGACAAGCUCAGGCUAAAGCUGAUGAAAUAGCAAAAUUGAUGAAUGAAAAUGAACAAUUCAAAGCUUUAAUUGAAGAUUUAAAGAGAAAGUCCAAUGAAGCUGAAGUUGAGUCUUUGCGAGAGGAAUACCAUCAGAGGGUUUCGACUCUUGAGAGAAAGGUUUAUGCUCUCACCAAGGAAAGGGAUACACUUCGAAGAGAGCAGAAUAAAAAAAGUGACGCAGCUGCUCUAUUAAAGGAAAAGGAUGAAAUAAUUAAUCAAGUUAUGGCAGAAGGUGAAGAGCUUUCCAAAAAGCAGGCCACUCAAGAAUCUACAAUGAGGAAACUUAGGGCUCAGAUUAGAGAUCUUGAGGAGGAGAAAAAAGGUUUGACAACUAAGCUUCAGGUAGAGGAGAAUAAGGUAGAAAGUAUCAAGAGGGACAAGACAGCUACAGAGAAGUUGCUGCAAGAAACUAUAGAAAAACAUCAAAAUGAAAUUGCAGUGCAGAAGGAAUAUUACACAAAUGCUUUAGCUGCUGCUAAGGAGGCUGAAGCAUUUGCAGAGGCUCGAGCCAACAGUGAAGCAAGAACUGAGCUAGAGAGUCGUCUAAGAGAAGCCGAGGAACGUGAAUCUAUGCUAGUCCAGGCACUCGAAGAGCUGAGACAAACAUUAAGUAGAAAGGAACAACAGGCUGUCUUCAAAGAAGACAUGCUUUGUAGAGACAUCGAGGAUCUUCAAAAACGUUAUCAGGCAAGUGAAAGACGGUGUGAGGAACUGAUUACUCAAGUUCCAGAAUCUACAAGGCCGCUUUUAAGGCAAAUUGAAGCCAUGCAGGAAACAAAUGCCAGAAGAGCUGAAGCUUGGGCUGCUGUUGAAAGAAGUCUUAACUCUCGACUUCAGGAAGCCGAGGCUAAAGUUGCAACUGCUGAGGAAAAAGAGCGAUCUAUGAAUGAUCGCCUGUCUCAAACCCUGUCUCGAAUUAAUGUUCUCGAGGCUCAGAUUUCAUGUCUUAGGGCCGAACAAACUCAAUUAAGUAGGACCCUGGAAAAGGAGAGACAAAGGGCAGCUGAAAGUAGGCAGGAAUAUCUUGCGGCAAAGGAGGAAGCUGACACUCAAGAAGGUCGUGCGAGACAGCUUGAGGAAGAGAUUAGAGACCUAAGACAGAAACACAAGCAUGAGUUGCACGAGGCAUUGAUGCACAGGGAGGUUCUUCAGCAGGAAAUAGAAAAAGAAAAGGCCGCCCGAUCAGAUCUGGAGAGGACCGUUCGCGUUAAUUCUGUUCCAUCAUCAGAUCAAACUUCCAAAACAAAGCAUAACUCUGCUUUUGAGAAUGGGAAUCUGGCCCGAAAAAUCUCUAGUGCAAGCUCUGUAGGAAGCUUGGAAGAAAGCUAUUUUCUUCAAGCAUCACUGGAUUCAUCUGACAGUUCUUCUUCUGAACGGAGAAACCCGGGAGAACUAAGCAUGAGUCCUUACUAUAUGAAGAGCAUGACACCCAGUUCUUUUGAGGCUGCACUUCGUCAGAAAGAGGGUGAACUUGCUUCAUAUAUGUCACGCCUGGCAUCAUUGGAAUCUAUUCGUGACUCUCUUGCUGAAGAGUUGGUCAAAUUGACAGCACAGUGUGAAAAGCUGCGUGGAGAGGUUGCUGUGCUCCCUGGCUUAAAAUCAGAGCUAGAAGCACUGAGGAGGAGGCACUCGGCUGCUUUGGAGUUGAUGGGUGAACGUGAUGAAGAGCUGGAAGAACUUCGUGCUGAUAUUGUCGAUUUAAAGGAAAUGUACAGAGAACAAGUCAACCUACUUGUGAAUAAGAUCCAGAUAAUGGGUACUAACACCUAA